GAGGCAACCGCCAAUCGGAUGGCAUAUGCCCCAUUGUGCCAACGCGUAGGCAAUUACGUACUUGCAGAAAGGCGCAAGCGAUAAGUGUUUUUUGCUUCCAAAUUUUUUUUUACUUCUUUUAUUUAAACCCGUUUUUUUUGGGGGGAACCCCUACAUUAAGUGAAGCAGCGGUUUGUUACGGGCGGUCCCCUGCAGAUCAUCCCAUUCUGCUAAAGCGGCAAAUGGGGAUAAUACCCGCAUAUUGGUGAUCGAACGGGUGAGGGGACGACGUGACAUUGUUGGGCCGCGGCGCCACUCUCCUCAAACCUCAAACGCGACGUGUUUGCUUCCCCCAUUUUACGCAUCACACGACGGGCUUCCAACCGAGGCGACCUCGCAUGCGUGAGCACAGAAGUAUAUACACAUACCCAUAAGCAGAGGUAAAUACGUAUACACAUACAUACGUGAAUAUACCCAACGUGGAAGGCCUUUUCCCAGAACUCCCCCCCCGUCGGCAGUUCGAAGUCCCAACGUAGCACUGAGGAAGCAGCGCGGAAGGCACACCGAGUAGGACCAACCACGCAACAGCGUUUGCCCAUCCGCUACGCCAAAAUGUCCGAAGGAGACCACAGCGACAAGGAGAGUUUAGCGGAGGAGCGCCUGGAGGAGGGGCAGCAGGACGAAAGGGAAGGCAAGCCGAAAAGGAGCUACGACAAACUGGUGGAAGAAUUAAAAAUCGAAAACAGCAACUCGUACAUCUCAAAAAUUAGCGAGCCAUUAUUAAAAAAAAAAUAUUUUAAGUAUUUUCUUAAAAUAAUGGAUUAUGCGUAUUAUGCCAAAGUAACAGCCAUGCAUAUUAUAAAAACAAAUGAGCAGAUAGAGGAGCGAAAGAAAAAAAUUUUGAAAAACAAAUUCGUCGUUAUAGGGCUAACCCAAGUUGUUAAAGCUAUUAGGAAAGGACUCGAAGGCAUUGUUUUUUUGGCCAUCGAUGUAUUUCCAAUUGAUAUUAUAUGCCACAUGCCCGUUUUCUGUGAAGAGCAUAGGAUACCUUACACCUUCGUCACAACAAAGAAUAAGUUGGCGCGUGUGUGCAAACUGAAACGAUCAGUCACCUGCUUGUUCCUCCCCAAACCUGGCAUCGACAUCGACCACUUUGAGAGUGCCGUCAACGAGUUUAGCGGUAAGAAGAAGAUUAGCAACUACGCCAAGCUGUACGAGAAGAUGCUCUCCGCUGUGAAGAAGAACCAUCCGUUCUUUCAGUCGUAG